CCUCGCCUUGCACAGCGCUGCCGCCACGUCGUCGACGGCAGUUUCACCAGCUAUCAACAUCGUGGUAUGCCCAAAGCCAAGGGCAGUCGGCGCGAGAACCCCGUCGUCUUCCUCGACAUCACCGUCGCCAAGCAGUUCAUUGGGCGCAUGCUCAUCGAGGUUCGCGCUGACGUGGUGCCCAAGGCAGCUGAGAACUUUCGCGCGCUCUGCACGGGCGACUGCAAGGACGCACGUGGCCGCGCCUUGCACUACCUUGGCACACCCAUUGGCCGCAUCGUCCUCGACUCGCACCUCCAGGCCGGCGACAUUGAUGGCAACGGCGGCACGUCCAUAUACCCUACGCGCCUCUUUGAAGAUGAGAAUUUUCUCUUGCGGCAUGUGGGUCCUGGCACGGUCUCGAUGGUCAACGCCGGCCCCGACUCGAACGGAUCCCGCUUCAGCAUCCUCUUUGCCUCUGCGCCAUGGCUCGACAACAAGAACGUCGUUGUCGGCAGCCUCAUUGGCGAGCGGAGCUUUGAGACGCUCGGGCUGCUCCAGCAGCUCACAGCCACCGAGAGCGGCCAGCCCAAGCAAGCCGUGCUCAUCUCCAACUGCGGCCAAAUCUUUCCCUUUUGAAAUCAUGCAUGCCAGCUCCUAUGAUCACAGCGAUCGACUGUAGAGUGUAGCGUCCUCACCAAGGCCAGUCGAGUCUAAUGAACAGAAUAGUCGUUGGCUAUAACCUUGUUCUCCUUUAUUAUGCA